AUGGAGGGAGUGGACAUCUCCGACGGUGACCCCGGCUUCGCAAUACUCCUAACCCUGCUCGCCGGCCUUGCCACCACGAUCGGCGCAGCCAUUGCGUUCUGUGUCAAUACUGACGACAACCGCGUGUUCGCGAUUUGCCUGGGCGUGUCUGCUGGGGUCAUGGCAUAUGUGUCCUUCUCAGAGAUCUUGGACAUGACGAAUCAGAGUUUCCAGGACGCAAAUCUCUCUGCGCGGAGUGCUUUCACAUUCGGGACAUUGACUACCUUCGCAGGGAUCCUCCUCGCCAUGCUGGUGGAGUUUAUCGGCAUGAAGUGCUUCCACAGGCAUGCCGGCGAGAUCGUGGUGAGCGACGCUCCCGAGCCGGAAGCGCAGGACAUGGCCGGAGAGAAGCCCCUCAGCAAGUCCGAGCGGUUGAACAUGUUGCAGAUGGCGACAUUCUCAGGAAUCGCUGUGGCAUUGCACAACUUUCCCGAAGGCAUCGCAACCUUCAUUUCGACAAUGGCUGAUCCCAGCUUCGGGCCGGCCAUGGCUUUCGCCAUCGCGAUGCACAACAUCCCCGAAGGCCUGGCUGUGGCAGCGCCCAUCAAGAAGGCGACGGGCUCUAAGUGCAAAGCGUUUUUCUGGGCCUUCGUUUCCGGCCUCUCCGAGCCGCUGGGCGGUCUGUUGGGAUGGCUGGUUCUCAAGGACGUACUGGGACCCGCCACCUACGGCAUCUUCUACGGCCUCACCGCAGGGAUCAUGAUCCACAUCUCCUUCAAGAAGAUGCUGCCGACCGCCCUGAAGUACGAUCCGAACAAUUACUACACGUCCUACUCCUUCUUUGCCGGAAUGGCCCUGAUGGCAAUCUCCCUGAUAGCCUUCAGAUGGGCUUAG